AUGUCUAGAAGAUUCAACAUCCCAAGCAUCAACCACAUGUCUAGAAGAUUCAACCACCACAGAAUCUACAUCCUCCCCUGGUUCAACAACCUCACCAGAAACUUCAACAUCACCAGAAACAUCAACAUCUCCAGAAACUUCAACAUCCCCAGAAACUUCACCAUCCCCAGAAAGUUCAACAUCCCCAGAAAGUUCAACAUCCCCAGAAAGGUCAACAUCCUCAGAAACUUCAACAUCCCCAGAAAGUUCAACAUCCCAAGAAACUUCAACAUCCCCAGAAACUUCAACAUCCCCAGAAAGUACAACAUCCCCAGAAAGUUCAACAUCCCCAGAAACUUCAACAUCCCCAGAAAGUACAACAUCGCCAGAAAGUUCAACAUCCCCAGAAAGUUCAACAUCCCCAGAAAGUUCAACAUCGCCAGAAAGUUCAACAUCCCCAGAAAGUUCAACAUCCCCAGAAACUUCAACAUCCCCAGAAAGUUCAACAUCCCCAGAAACCUCAACAUCUCCAGAAAGUUCAACCUCCCCAGAAAGUUCAACAUCCCCAGAAAGUUCAACAUCGGCAGAAAGUUCAACAUCACCAGAAACUUCAACAUCCCCAGAAACUUCAACAUCUCCAGAAACUUCAACAUCCCCAGAAAGUUCAACAACACCAGAAAGUUCAACAUCCCCAGAAAGUUCAGCAUCCCCAGAAAGUACAACAUCGGCAGAACCUUCAACAUCACCAGAAACUUCAACAACACCAGAAAGUUCAACAUCCCCAGAAAGUUCAACAUCCCCAGAAAGUUCAACAUCCCCAGAAAGUUCUACUUCACCAGAAAGUACAACAUCGGCAGAACCUUCAACGACACCAGAAAGUUCAACAUCCCCAGAAAGUUCAACAUCCCCAGAAAGUUCAACAUCCCCAGAAAGUACAACAUCGGCAGAACCUUCAACAUCACCAGAAAUUUCAACAUCCCCAGAAAGUUCAACAUCCCAAGAAAGUUCAACAUCCCCAGAAAGUUCUACUUCACCAGAAAGUACAACAUCGGCAGAACCUUCAACAUCACCAGAAAGUUCAACAUCCCCAGAAAGUUCAACAUCCCCAGAAAGUUCAACAUCCCCAGAAAUUCAACAUCCCCAGAAAGUUCAACAUCCCCAGAAAGUACAACAUCGGCAGAACCUUCAACAUCACCAGAAAGUUCAACAUCCCCAGAAAGUUCAACAUCCACAGAAAGUACAACAUCGGCAGAACCUUCAACAUCACCAGAAAGUUCAACAUCCCCAGAAAGUUCAACAUCCUCAGAAAGUUCAACAUCCUCAGAAAAUUCAACAUCCCAAGAAACUUCAACAAGCCCUGAAAGUACCUCCACUGGAACUUCAACAAGUCCAGAAGAUUCAACAUCCCAAGCAUCAACCACAUGUCUAGAAGAUUCAACAUCCCAAGCAUCAACCACAUGUCUAGAAGAUUCAACAACCCAAGCAUCAACCACAUGUCUAGAAGAUUCAACAACCCAAGCAUCAACCACAUGUCUAGAAGAUUCAACCACCACAGAAUCUACAUCCUCCCCUGGUUCAACAACAUCACCAGAAACUUCAACAUCACCAGAAACAUCAACAUCUCCAGAAACUUCAACAUCCCCAGAAACUUCACCAUCCCCAGAAAGUUCAACAUCCCCAGAAAGUUCAACAUCCCCAGAAAGGUCAACAUCCUCAGAAACUUCAACAUCCCCAGAAAGUUCAACAUCCCAAGAAACUUCAACAUCCCCAGAAACUUCAACAUCCCCAGAAAGUACAACAUCCCCAGAAAGUUCAACAUCCCCAGAAACUUCAACAUCCCCAGAAAGUACAACAUCGCCAGAAAGUUCAACAUCCCCAGAAAGUUCAACAUCCCCAGAAAGAUCAACAUCGCCAGAAAGUUCAACAUCCCCAGAAAGUUCAACAUCGGCAGAAACUUCAACAUCCCCAGAAAGUUCAACAUCCCCAGAAACCUCAACAUCUCCAGAAAGUUCAACCUCCCCAGAAAGUUCAACAUCCCCAGAAAGUUCAACAUCGGCAGAAAGUUCAACAUCACCAGAAACUUCAACAUCCCCAGAAACUUCAACAUCUCCAGAAACUUCAACAUCCCCAGAAAGUUCAACAUCGGCAGAAAGUUCAACAUCACCAGAAAGUUCAACAACACCAGAAAGUUCAACAUCCCCAGAAAGUUCAACAUCCCCAGAAAGUACAACAUCGGCAGAACCUUCAACAUCACCAGAAAGUUCAACAUCCCCAGAAAGUUCAACAUUCUCAGAAAGUUCAGCAUCGGCAGAAAGUUCAACAUCCCAAGAAACUUCAACAAGCCAUGAAAGUACCUCCACUGGAACUUCAACAAGUCCAGAAGAUUCAACAACCCAAGCAUCAACCACAUGUCUAGAAGAUUCAACAACCCCACCAUCAACCACAUGUCUAGAAGAUUCAACAACCCAAGCAUCAACCACAUGUCUAGAAGAUUCAACAACCCAAGCAUCAACCACAUGUCUAGAAGAUUCAACAACCCCACCAUCAACCACAUGUCUAGAAGAUUCAACAACCCCACCAUCAACCACAUGUCUAGAAGAUUCAACAACCCAAGCAUCAACCACAUGUCUAGAAGAUUCAACAACCCCACCAUCAACCACAUGUCUAGAAGAUUCAACAACCCCACCAUCAACCACAUGUCUAGAAGAUUCAACCACCACAGAAUCUACAUCCUCCCCUGGUUCAACAACCUCACCAGAAACUUCAACAUCCCCAGAAACUUUAACAUCCCCAGAAACUUCAACAUCCCCAGAAACUUCAACAUCCCCAGAAAGUUCAACAUCCCCAGAAAGUUCAACAUCCUCAGAAAGAUCAACAUCUCCAGAAAGUUCAACAUCCCAAGAAACUUUAACAUCUCCAGAAAGUUCAACAUCUCCAGAAAGUUCAACAUCCCCAGAAAGUACAACAUCUCCAGAAAGUUCAACAUCUCCAGAAAGUACAACAUCGCCAGAGAGUUCUACUUCACCAGAAAGUUCAACAACCACAGAAAGUUCUACUUCACCAGAAACUACAACAUCCCCAGAAAGUUCAACAUCGCCAGAAAGUUCUACUUCACCAGAAACUUCAACAUCCACAGAAAGUUCUACUUCACCAGAAACUACAACAUCCCCAGAAAGUUCAACAUCCCCAGAAAGUUCAACAUCCCAAGAAACUUCAACCUCCCCAGAAAGUACAACAUCGGCAGAAAGUUCAACAUCCACAGAAAGUACAACAUCGGCAGAAAGUUCAACAUCUCCAGAAAGUUCAACAUCCCCAGAAAGUUCAACAUCCCCAGAAACUUCAACAUCCCCAGAAAGUUCAACAUCUCCAGAAACUUCAACAUCCCCAGAAAGUUCAACAUCCUCAGAAAGUUCAACAUCGGCAGAAAGUUCAACAUCCCCAGAAACUUCAACAUCCACAGAAAGUACAACAUCGGCAGAAAUUUCAACAUCACCAGAAACUUCAACAUCCCCAGAAAGUUCAACAUCCUCAGAAAGUUCAACAUCCUCAGAAAGUUCAACAUCGGCAGAAAGUUCAACAUCACCAGAAACUUCAACAUCUCCAGAAAGUACAACAUCCCCAGAAACUUCAACAUCCUCAGAAACAUCAACUUCCUCAGAAAGUUCAACACUACGAAGAAUAUCAACAUCCCGAAAAACUUCAACAUCUCAAGAAACUUCAACUUCACCAGAAACUUCAACAAGCCCUGAAACUACCUCCCCUGGAACUUCAACAAGUCCAGAAGAUUCAACAACCCAAGCAUCAACCACAUGUCUAGAAGAUUCAACAACCCCAGCUUCAACCACAUGUCCAGACGAUUCAACCUCCCCAGAAUCUACAACCUCCCCUGGUUCAACAACCUCCACAGAAAGUACAACAUCUCAAGAAACGUCAACUUCUUCAGAAUCUACAACCACUCCAGAAAGUACAACAUCCACAGAAACGUCAUCUUCUUCAGAAUCUACAACCACUACAGAAAGUACAACAUCUCAAGAAACGUCAUCUUCUUCAGAAUCUACAACCACUCAAGAAAGUACAACAUCCACAGAAACGUCAUCUUCUUCAGAAUCUACAACCACUCCAGAAAGUACAACAUCGACAGAAACAUCAUCUUCUUCAGAAUCUACAACCACUCAAGAAAGUACAACAUCCACAGAAAUGUCAUCUUCCUCAGAAUCUACAACCACUCCAGAAAGUACAACAUCGACAGAAACAUCAUCUUCUUCAGAAUCUACAACCACUCCAGAAAGUACAACAUCCACAGAAACGUCAUCUUCUUCAGAAUCUACAACCACUCCAGAAAGUACAACAUCCACAGAAACGUCACCUUCUUCAGAAUCUACAACCACUUCAGAAAGUACAACAUCCACAGAAACGUCAUCUUCUUCAGAAUCUACAACCACUCCAGAAAGUACAACAUCAACGGAAACGUCAUCUUCCUCAGAAUCUACAACCACUCCAGAGAGUACAACAUCCACAGAAACGUCAUCUUCUUCAGAAUCUACAACCACUCCAGAAAGUUUAACAUCAACAGAAACUUCAUCUUCCUCAGAAUCUACAACCACUCAAGAAAGUACAACAUCCACAGAAACUUCAUCUUCCUCAGAAUCUACAACCUCUCCAGAAAGUACAACAUCGACAGAAACAUCAUCUUCUUCAGAAUCUACAACCACUCCAGAAAGUACAACAUCCACAGAAACGUCAUCUUCUUCAGAAUCUACAACCUCUCCAGAAAGUACAACAUCCACAGAAACAUCAUCUUCUUCAGAAUCUACAACCACUCCAGAAAGUACAACAUCCACAGAAACGUCAUCUUCUUCAGAAUCUACAACCACUCCAGAAAGUACAACAUCAACAGAAACUUCAUCUUCCUCAGAAUCUACAACCACUCCAGAAAGUACAACAUCCACAGAAACUUCAUCUUCCUCAGAAUCUACAGCCACUCAAGAAAGUACAACAUCAACAGAAACUUCAUCUUCCUCAGAAUCUACAACCACUCCAGAAAGUACAACAUCCCAAGAAACUUCAUCUUCCUCAGAAUCUACAGCCACUCAAGAAAGUACAACAUCCACAGAAACGUCAUCUUCUUCAGAAUCUACAACCACUCCAGAAAGUACAACAUCCACAGAAACGUCACCUUCUUCAGAAUCUACAACCACUUCAGAAAGUACAACAUCGACAGAAACAUCAUCUUCUUCAGAAUCUACAACCACUCCAGAAAGUACAACAUCCACAGAAACGUCAUCUUCUUCAGAAUCUACAACCACUCCAGAAAGUACAACAUCAACGGAAACGUCAUCUUCCUCAGAAUCUACAACCACUCCAGAGAGUACAACAUCCACAGAAACGUCAUCUUCUUCAGAAUCUACAACCACUCCAGAAAGUUUAACAUCAACAGAAACUUCAUCUUCCUCAGAAUCUACAACCACUCAAGAAAGUACAACAUCCACAGAAACUUCAUCUUCCUCAGAAUCUACAACCUCUCCAGAAAGUACAACAUCGACAGAAACAUCAUCUUCUUCAGAAUCUACAACCACUCCAGAAAGUACAACAUCCACAGAAACGUCAUCUUCUUCAGAAUCUACAACCUCUCCAGAAAGUACAACAUCCACAGAAACAUCAUCUUCUUCAGAAUCUACAACCACUCCAGAAAGUACAACAUCCACAGAAACGUCAUCUUCUUCAGAAUCUACAACCACUCCAGAAAGUACAACAUCAACAGAAACUUCAUCUUCCUCAGAAUCUACAACCACUCCAGAAAGUACAACAUCCACAGAAACGUCACCUUCUUCAGAAUCUACAACCACUUCAGAAAGUACAACAUCCACAGAAACGUCAUCUUCUUCAGAAUCUACAACCACUCCAGAAAGUACAACAUCAACGGAAACGUCAUCUUCCUCCGAAUCUACAACCACUCCAGAGAGUACAACAUCCACAGAAACGUCAUCUUCUUCAGAAUCUACAACCACUCCAGAAAGUUUAACAUCAACAGAAACUUCAUCUUCCUCAGAAUCUACAACCACUCAAGAAAGUACAACAUCCACAGAAACGUCAUCUUCUUCAGAAUCUACAACCACUCCAGAAAGUACAACAUCCACAGAAACGUCACCUUCUUCAGAAUCUACAACCUCUCCAGAAAGUACAACAUCCAUAGAAAUGUCAUCUUCUUCAGAAUCUACAACCACUCCAGAAAGUACAACAUCGACAGAAACGUCAUCUUCUUCAGAAUCUACAACCACUCCAGAAAGUACAACAUCAACAGAAACUUCAUCUUCCUCAGAAUCUACAACCACUCCAGAAAGUACAACAUCCACAGAAACUUCAUCUUCCUCAGAAUCUACAACCACUCCAGAAAGUACAACAUCCCAAGAAACGUCAUCUUCUUCAGAAUCUACAGCCACUCAAGAAAGUACAACAUCCACAGAAACGUCAUCUUCUUCAGAAUCUACAACCACUCCAGAAAGUACAACAUCCACAGAAACGUCACCUUCUUCAGAAUCUACAACCACUUCAGAAAGUACAACAUCGACAGAAACAUCAUCUUCUUCAGAAUCUACAACCACUCCAGAAAGUACAACAUCCACAGAAACGUCAUCUUCUUCAGAAUCUACAACCACUCCAGAAAGUACAACAUCCACAGAAACGUCAUCUUCCUCAGAAUCUACAACCACUCCAGAAAGUACAACAUCCACAGAAACUUCAUCUUCUUCAGAAUCUACAACCACUCCAGAAAGCACAACAUCCCCAGAAUUCACAACCACUCCAGAAACUUCAACCUCAUCAGAAUCAACAACCUCGCUGGGUUCAACAACAUCCUCGGAAACAACAACCUCUGCUGGAACGUCAACCUCCCAAGAAACUACAACAUCACCAAGAACUGAAACCACUACUGAUUUAACAACAUCGUCUGGCACGCCCUCCACACCAUCAACAAUUUCUCCAAUUACAACUCGAACCACCACUAGUAAACACACCAGAAAACCUCCUAACAGUAGCUCGCAUGAAUCGCAUUCUGGUUCAUCCACUCACUCGCAUUACUUUGGCUCCAAGUCAAAAUAUAAUACCAAAAGUCGUAGCCGAGGAAGAUCUAAAUCCAAAAAACAUCAUAGUUGGCCAAUGGAAAAAUCUAAAUCCAAAAGUCAUCAUAGUUGGUCCAUGGAAAAAUCUAAAUCCAAAAGUCAUCAUAUCAUCACAGUCCCCAAAAAGGAGGAUCUAAAUCCAAAAAUCAUAAUUGGCCAAUUAGAAAUUCUAAAGCCAAAAGUCAUCAUAGUCCCAAAAAAGGAGGAUCUAAAUCCAAAAAUCAUAGAAAAUCUAAAUCCAAAAGUCAUCACAGUCCCCAAAAAGGAGGAUCUAAAUCCAAAAAUCAUAAUUGGCCAAUUAGAAAUUCUAAAGCCAAAAGUCAUCAUAGUCCCAAAAAAGGAGGAUCUAAAUCCAAAAAUCAUAGAAAAUCUAAAUCCAAAAGUCAUCAUAGUUGGCCAAUGGGAAAAUCUAAAUCCAAAAGUCAUCAUAGUCCCCAAGAAGGAGGAUCUAAAUCCAAAAAUCAUCCUUGGCCAAUAG